AUGGAUUCUCUAAAGAAAACUUCUGAAAAAUUAAACGAUUCUAGUGAACGGAUUGCAGUAGAGGGAUGCAAUUCUCAACCAAAUAUACCACAAAUUCUUCCAGUCGCGGACAUUAAUCUGCUAACAGCGGCUCUAUUUCAAUCAAUCCUUGCUUCAGAGCUAUCAAAAAAUGCUUGGGAACUUUUCCAGGCUUCGACGCAAGCAGCACCAUCUGAUAUCAAUCCUCUUGAUCUUAGAACCAUUUCCCUUCCAUUCGCCUCUAACUCGACGAAUAAACCUAAUCUAAAUGAGAUCAAGGGUUUAGACCUUCGACUACUUAGCUUUCCAUUCAUGUUGAAUUCUUCGAAUGUUCCCAUUAAGAACGAGAUACCUAUUGAAGAACCACAAUCUCAAAGUAAACAAUUUAGGUCGAUUCUGCCCAAAAUAGAUGAGUGUGAAAUGGAGAGGCCUCUAGAUUUUUUAAACUACUCAACAGAACAUCGUUGUCCCUAUGCAGGUUGUGACAAAACAUUUCGAUUCAAUCAUGCCUUAGUUAAUCACUACAGAAUUCAUACAGGAGAAAAGCCACAUGCCUGCGAUUUUCCUGGAUGUAAAGCUGCUUUUGCUAGACAUUCCAAUCUCGUAACACAUCGAAUGAUCCACCUGAACCGAUCUAUGCGGAAGACAUUUGACUGUCCAGUUCCUGGUUGUGAUAAAAACUUCUUGAAGAAAGCCAAUCUAGAUGACCACAUGAAUAUCCAUCUGAAUAAACGACCAUAUGCUUGCGACUAUCCAAAUUGUGGAAAGGCGUUUAGAUGCAGGAGUAAUUUAAGUGGACAUAAGAGAGUACACGUACGACUGGAAGCGAAGAAAAGAGCGAGUAAAAUUUCAUCCCUGGAGGAGAACAUCAAUUCGUCAUCGGGUGAGGCUGAAAUCUGUGAUGACCAUCAGGAUGAUGGUGAGGUGAUACAAAGAGAAACGUGA